AUGCGCUCAUCGAGGACAUCAAAAGAUGCUUCGAAACUAUUCGAUCGCGCGAAAGAGUCUACUUCGCCACCGAGAAGAGUGACAAGAUCUGCCUUGGCCAAAUUCGCCUUUAUCGCGACAGAAGAAACCAAACCUGCCGUCGGCGACAUCGAAGAUAUUGGGGAGCCUGCACGAAAACGAAAACGGGUGGCGACGAUAAAGACAGAAACUUCAACAUCCCCUCUAGCAGUAAAGACCGAAAUCCUCGACGAAGCCCUCGAUGAAAUUCCAUCACCACCUCCAAAGGCGAAACGCGUUCGCAAGCCCGCUCGCAAAGCUAUCGAUGCGACGACCGGCGUAACAAAGAUAGAGCCACCAUCAGAUUGGGAGGCCAUCUAUGAUACUGUGAGGAAGAUGAGGGCGCCAGGUGGUCGAGCGCACGGUGCGGCCGUUGACACGAUGGGGUGCGAACGUUUGGCAGAUGAAAAGGCAUCUCCAAAAGACCAAAGGUUUCAUACAUUGGUGGCGCUCAUGCUUUCGAGUCAAACCAAAGAUACGGUGAACGCCGUUGUCAUGAGGAAACUCCAAACUGAGCUGCCACCGUUUGAGCCAGGGGCACCUCCGGGGCUAAACCUAAAUAACGUCCUGGCGAUCGAUCCCAAGAUUCUCAAUGAGUUUAUCUGGGCAGUUGGCUUUCACAAUAACAAGACAAAGUAUAUUAAGCAGACGGCCGAGAUACUCCGUGAUCAAUGGAAUGGCGACAUCCCCGACACGAUCGAGGGCCUCGUAUCACUACCAGGCGUCGGGCCCAAGAUGGGCUACCUGUGCUUGUCAGUGGCAUGGGGAAAGCACGAGGGGAUUGGUGUUGAUGUGCAUGUACACCGUAUCACGAACCUCUGGGGUUGGCACAAAACCAAGAACCCAGAGGAGACUCGUACGACACUUCAAUCAUGGCUGCCACAGGACCGAUGGCACGAAAUCAAUCAUCUUCUUGUAGGAUUGGGUCAGUCGGUAUGCCUGCCUGUUGGACGCAAGUGCGGCGAAUGCGAUCUUGGUCUCCAAGGUCUAUGCAAGGCUGCCGAUCGAGCCAAGGUAUCCGCAGGGCGUAAGCUCAAAGCGGAGGAAAUAAAGCUGGAGGCUCAAAAUGGCGCAGUAGUUAAGACGGAGGUUUCACAAAACAUUGUGAAAGAAGAGGAGGGUGCCAUUGUAUGA